AUGGACGUCGUUCCCGUCAUCUGCCAGGCCCUAGGCGCCGACUCGACCCCUCUCGAAGGCUUGCAGGUCAACUUCUACACGUCGACGUUGCACUACCAGACCACGACGACGAGAGACGGGCGCAUUCAGGAAUGGAUCCUCAUCUCCUGCGGUGGCCAGCCCCAGACCAGGAUCCCGCAGCACGGACAGUCGAGGUGUCGUAUCCACUUCGAGCUCGCCUGGAAUAACCAGCGUCCCAUAUGCCCGGGCGCGAGCGUCGACUUUUGCCUCUUCGACAAUGUGAUCUACUACAUCACGAUCUACGUCAUCCACGGCGCCUUCAACAUCUACUACGAGACGGGACCCAACCUCGCCAGUUCCAUCCUGAGCGGGCAGUGGCCAACAAACAGGAUUACGGGCCACACACAGCAAAGCAACGUGGCGAUGGACGAGACAACCUUUCCGGUCUUGCAUAAGCUGCAGACAAGUUUCAGCAACCCGCGAGCCACAGAACCGGUGUUGGUGGCGGGGGCAGGUUCAAACGCAACUCCACCGGGCGCUGUGGAGACCAGCCAACAGAACACACCAUCCGCGGCGGAGACGGCGCCGAAACGGGGCAGGCGGCGCAAGGCGGCCGAGGAGUCCAAGCAAGACGAGCCCAAGAGGGGAAAGCGGCGCCGAACAGCACAAGCAGGAUAG